AUGGACAACAAAGAAGAAGCACAAACUCAAGAACAUGUUCCAGAAGAAGUUUUCGUGGAACCAACUGAGGUUCAUGUUAGAACUAUCAUAGCGGUGGCUGCUGUCUGCUUGACGAGCACUGCCCAACUCAUUUCCAUUGUGGGCGGCGGGAUACUCGCUCGAGGCAUGGCAACCAGGCUCGGUGACGCUAGUGUAUCGCAGUGGUUUGGAACCAUCAAGAACAUCUUAACCUUGGUCGCUAUCCUCCCAGUCUCCCAGGCCGCAGAUUUCUGGGGCCGAAAAUGGUUCAUCAUAGUCUGCAACGCGCUCGGCGUGAUCGGGUAUAUCGUCGUUUCGCGAUCUAAAGACAUUACUACAGUCAUAGUCGGCUUUGUUAUUGGCAGUGCUUCGUUUGGCUGUCAGUCUUUAGCCUAUGCUAUUCCUUCGGAAGUCUUGCCUCGGAAGUACCGUGGUUAUGGCCAAGCUGCAGCAAAUAUAUCCGGCGGAUUGGGAGCUACGGUUGCAGUCCUCAUGGGCAAUGCUCUUACGAAACAUAACCCUGACGGCUGGCGGAUAUAUUGGUAUAUCUGCGCUGCCGUCUACUUUCUCGGCCUUGUAUGCGUCUUCUUCGGCUACAACCCUCCGCCUCGCCUCGUCCUCCUUUGUAUGGCUCUCCAAUGGGCUGGCAAUCCAUACAGAUGGUCAAACAUUCAUGUUCUCGCGCCUCUGAUUAUUGGCAUCUGCUUUCUUGUGGCUUUUGGCCUGUGGGAGUGGAAGGGUACUAGUGAAGGCAUUCUCAACCAUCGGUUAUUCCAGCACAGAAACCUGCCCAUCUCACUCCUUCUCUUCUUUACUGAAGGUCUUACUUUCCAAACGGUCAACAACUACUUCAGUUUUGAACUCACUACGAUCUCUCACAUCACCUCCUGGGACGCCGGUCUUCGGUUCAUCGUAGUUUUCCUAAUCUCUGUUGUCAUCGCUUUUAUAGGAGGCGCCUACAUCACAAUUCGGAAGACGAUCCGAGAGACUUUGGUGCUCGGUUUCUCCGUCGUCACCGCUUUCUGCACCGUCAUGGCAUUCUACAAGGAAAGCCUUCCCUUAGCCAACGGCUUUGGCUAUGCGGUCCUUAGCGGAACGGGACUGGGAGUCAUUUUGACUGGUACGAUUGUGGCUGCACAGAUGGGUACUCCUCCAGACAUGAUAUCCCUCGGUACUGCACUGCCCUUGGCCACAAGAUCCUUAGGAGGCGCGGUCGGCCUCGCUAUUGAUAAUGCAAUCUACAGCAACACUCUCGGCGACAAACUAGCCAAGAAGAUCUCUGCAGCCGUAUUGCCGCUUGGGUUCAGCGCAAGCCACUUAGGAGCCCUGAUCAAAGCGCUCGCAGCGAAUUCGCCAACUGUCAACUCAAUCCCCGGAAUCACGCCACAGAUCCUCGCUGCCGCUCGCCAUGGAUCGACUGAAGCAUAUAGGCUGGCCUUCAAAAAUCUCUGGACUUCCGCCGCUUGCUUUGCAGCAGCUGGUGUCAUCGGUUCAAUAUUCAUUUCAGAAACGCAAUCUGAGUUCACAGAAUACAUCGACGCUCCUGUCGAGACCAAGCGGCUGGCCGUGGAUGAGAAAUUAGCAGACGAUGCUACGAUUUGA